AUGUCAAAAAAAGCAUUUGAUGAUGUUACUACAACCAUUCCAAUAACUGGUUCUUCAACAUUAACUAAUACUAAAUCAGCAACCGCAACCGGAUCCGUAUCAAAACAUCAAACCGAAACUGACUCAUCAGUACCUGUUUAUACUUCCGGUUCAAAAUGGAGAAAUUUUGUUGAUUCUUUUAAACCAGCUACUGAAACAGAACAAUUCACUUCUAUUAUUCGUGAUGAUUCAGAAGCAAAUUGGGAUGAUCAAGAUGAUGAAAAAUUAACAGAAAUGCAAAAAAUUAAUCUUAAUAGUUCAAAAUCUAAACUACAAAGAAAACUUAAAAAUAGACAUUUACAAAUGAUUGCUAUUGCUAGUUCAAUUGGUAGUGGGUUAUUAAUUGGUACUGGUGGUGCAUUAGCUACUGGUGGACCAGGUGGGGUUUUAAUUGCUUGGAUUUUAAGUGGUAUUUCAAUUUUAUGUACUAUUCAAGCAAUGGCGGAAUUAUCUGUUACUUUCCCUGUUGUUGGUGGGUUUAAUCAACAUUUUAGUCGUUUUAUUGAUCCAAGUGUUUCAUUUGCUGUGGCUUGGAAUUAUGUUUUACAAUAUUUGGUAUUACUUCCUUUGGAAUUAGUUGCUGCUUCAAUGACUAUACAAUAUUGGAAUACCACUGUUAAUCCGGAUGUUUGGGUUAUUAUAUUUUAUGUUGCUGUUAUAUCAGUUAAUAUGUUUGGUGUUAGAAUGUAUGGAGAAGUUGAAUUUGUUCUUAGUUCUUUGAAAGUUAUUGCCGUUAUUGGUUUUAUUAUUCUUUCCCUUGUUUUAGCUGCUGGUGGUGCUCCAAAUGGAGUUCAUCAUGGUACCAAAUUUUGGCAUGAUCCAGGUGCUUUUGCAAAUGGAUUUAAAGGUACAGCUAGUACUUUUAUUACCGCUGCUUUUUCUUUUGCCGGUACUGAAUUGACUGGGUUAACUGCUGCUGAAGCUGAAAAUCCAAGAAAAUCUCUUCCAAAAGCAUGUAAACAAGUCUUUUGGAGAAUUUUAUUAUUUUACAUUGUUAGUAUUAUUUUAAUUACAUUUUUGGUUCCUUAUGAUAAUCCAAGAUUAUUGGGUAGUUCUGAUAUUUCAGCAAGUCCUUUUGUUAUUGCUAUUCAAGAAGGUGGAAUUAGUGGAUUACCAUCAGUUAUGAAUGCCGUUAUUUUAAUAUCUGUUAUUUCAGUUGGUUCAUCUUCAGUUUAUGCAACUUCACGUACUUUGGUUUCACUUGCUGAACAAAAUUUGGCACCAAAAAUUUUUGCAUUUGUUGAUCGUGGAGGUCGUCCAAUGGUUGCUAUUUUACUUACUAAUGUAUUUGGAUUAUUAAGUUUUAUAGCGGCUAGUGGUAAACAAGAAGAAGUUUUCACUUGGUUAUUAUCUAUUUCUGGGUUAUCUAGUAUUUUCACCUGGUUAGCAAUUUGUGUUUCUCAUCUCAGAUUUAGAAGAGCAAUGACUGUACAAGGAAGAUCAAUUAGCGAAUUGGCCUUUGUAUCUCAAACUGGUAUAAUCGGAUCAUGGUUUGGUGUAAUUUUGAAUAUUUUAGUUUUAAUUGCAGAAUUUUGGUUAUCUCUUUUCCCAUUAGGUGAUAAACCAAAUGCUAAAGGAUUUUUUGAAUCUUAUUUAGGUUUUGUUAUUUUAAUUGUCUGGUAUAUUGGUCAUAAAAUCUGGAGACGUAAUUGGAUUUUAUUCCAUAGAGCUAAAGAUAUUGAUAUUGAUAGUGGUAGAAAAGAAAGUGAUAUUGAAGCAUUGAAAAGAGAAUUAGAAGAAGAAAGGUUUAUUAUGAGCACCAAACCUUGGUGGUAUAGAACUUAUAAUACUUGGUGUUAG